UCGUUGACCUUGCACCAUCGUAUUCGCCCCAACCGUACCUGAUUGGAGACGGUACCCGAUUCACCAUCCGUGCUAGCAACGCCGCUAUCGUCUAUAACAUUCCAGCCCCGGCAUACAGGACCCGCCAAGUAUCCGAUAACGAAUCACCAUGGACCAGAUGAUCGAUGGCGGCGAUGCCGGGCGCUUCCCGCUCGAGACGUGGUUCUGGGAGAUGCCCAUCUGUACAAGAUGGUGGACGACGGCAACGGUGCUCAUGAGUGGCUUGGUCCAGUGCGAGCUUAUCACUCCCUUCCAGCUCUUCUAUAGCUACCGCGCCGUCUUUGUCAAGUCACAGUACUGGCGACUACUCACCACCUUCCUCUACUUCGGGCCCUUCUCCCUCGACCUUCUCUUCCACGUCUACUUCCUGCAACGAUAUUCGCGGCUCCUCGAAGAGUCCGCAGGCCGAUCUCCAGCGCACUUUUCAUGGCUGUUACUCUACGCCAUGGUGUUCCUCCUGAUCCUGUCGCCGCUCGUUUCGAUGCCAUUCCUCGGCCAUCCGCUUUCGUCGACGCUGGUUUACAUAUGGUCUCGUCGUAACCCAGACACCCGCCUCAGCUUUCUCGGGUUGCUGGUGUUCAGCGCACCCUACUUGCCAUGGGUCCUUAUGGCGUUCAGCUUGACCCUCCACGGCACUGUGCCCAAGGAUGAGUUGAUGGGCGUGGUGAUUGGGCAUAUCUGGUACUUUUUCACCGACGUGUAUCCUCCUCUUCACGGCGGCUCAAGACCCCUUGACCCGCCCAUGUGGUGGCGUCGUAUCUUUGAGGGCCGACCGCGCGAGGAGACCACGGAUGGUAUCAACAACGAGAUUGCAGUCGCUGGCGCUCCCGAAGUUGCGCCGCCCGAGGUCCGCUAAGGCGUAUGGUGGAGUGAGGGAGUCGACUGUAUCAUGAACAACAUGGGCCAUAAGGGCAUGACAGGUUAGGUCGUGCGAAUCUACUGACAUUAUAUUUUCUAUGGAGGAUACCAGGCGUUUUUAGGGGUAAAUUUGGGAUCAGUACACAAGACAGUCAUUCACUUUGGCACAAAAGCAGCGCGCUUCAUGCAUGCGGUCUUGGGCGUUUCGUUCAGGACAAUAGUGUGAUUUUCAACAGAAAGAGCAAAACCAAGUCCGGGUUACACCACCAUGCCAAGGAGGUCGAUUGAAAAAAGCCUAGGUAGCAGCCAGUCGGUAUGGCGGAAAAGGAAACAACUGAACGGCCGCUCAUACCAAACAUUGGUUGAUAGG